AUGUCACCCUGCCCCACCCCAGCAAUGUGUCCCCCUGCCCUGCCCCCGCAAUGUCCCCCUGCCCUGCCCCUGCAAUGUUCCCCUGCCCUGCCCCUGCAAUGUCCCCCUGCCCCACCCCUGCAAUGUGUCCCCCUGCCCUGCCCCAGCAAUGUGUCCCCCUGCCCUGUCCCUGCAAUGUACCCCCUUGCCCUGCCCCUGCAAUGUCCCCCUGCCCCACCCCUGCAAUGUGUCCCCCUGCCCCACCCCACCACUACAAUGUACCCCCCUGCCCUGCCCCUGCAAUGUCCCCCUGCCCCACCCCUGCAAUGUGUCCCCCUGCCCCACCCCACCACUACAAUGUACCCCCCUGCCCUGCCCCUGCAAUGUCCCCCUGCCCCACCCCUGCAAUGUGUCCCCCUGCCCCACCCCACCACUACAAUGUACCCCCCUGCCCUGCCCUGCAAUGUGUCCCCCUGCCCUGCCCCAGCAAUGUGUCCCCCUGCCCCACCCCUGCAAUGUGUCCCCCUGCCCUGCCCCUGCAAUGUACCCCCUUGCCCUGCCCCUGCAAUGUCCCCCUGCCCCACCCCUGCAAUGUGUCCCCCUGCCCCACCCCACCACUACAAUGUACCCCCCUGCCCUGCCCCUGCAAUGUCCCCCUGCCCCACCCCUGCAAUGUGUCCCCCUGCCCCACCCCACCACUACAAUGUACCCCCCUGCCCUGCCCCUGCAAUGUCCCCCUGCCCCACCCCUGCAAUGUGUCCCCCUGCCCCACCCCACCACUACAAUGUACCCCCCUGCCCUGCCCUGCAAUGUGUCCCCCUGCCCUGCCCCAGCAAUGUGUCCCCCUGCCCCACCCCUGCAAUGUGUCCCCCUGCCCUGCCCCUGCAAUGUCCCCCUGCCCUGCCCCUGCAAUGUCCCCCUGCCCUGCCCCUGCAAUGUCCCCCUGCCCCACCCCUGCAAUAUGUCCCCCUGCCCCACCCCAGCAAUGUGUCCCCCUGCCCCACCCCACCACUACAAUGUACCCCCCUGCCCUGCCCUGCAAUGUCCCCCUGCCCUGCCCCUGCAAUGUCCCCCUGCCCUGCCCCGCCCCAGCAAUGUGUCCCCCUGCCCCACCCCACCACUACAAUGUACCCCCCUGCCCUGCCCUGCAAUGUGUCCCCCUGCCCUGCCCCAGCAAUUUGUCCCCCUGCCCCACCCCGCCACUACAAUGUACCCCUCUGCCCCACCCCUGCAAUGUGUCCCCCUGCCCCACCCCACCACUACAAUGUACCCCCUGCCCCACCCCUGCAAUGUGUCCCCCUGCCCCACCCCGCCACUAUAAUGGACCCCCCUGCCCCACCCCUGCAAUGUGUCCCCCUGCCCCACCCCACCACUACAAUGGACCCCCCUGCCCCACCCCUGCAAUGUGUCCCCCUACCCGACCCCGCCACUACAAUGUAUCCCCCUGCCCCGCCCCAGCAAUGUGUCCCCCUGCCCUGCCCCUGCAAUGUGUCCCCCUGCCCUGCCCCUGCAAUGUACCCCCUUGCCCUGCCCCUGCAAUGUCCCCCUGCCCCGCCCCAGCAAUGUGUCCCCCUGCCCUGCCCCUGCAAUGUACCCCCUUGCCCUGCCCCUGCAAUGUCCCCCUGCCCCACCCCUGCAAUGUGUCCCCCUGCCCCACCCCUGCAAUGUGUCCCCCUGCCCUGCCCCUGCAAUGUCCCCCUGCCCCACCCCUGCAAUUUCCCCCUGCCCCACCCCUGCCCUGCCCCAGGAAUGUGUCCCCCUGCCCUGCCCCUGCAAUGUCCCCCUGCCCCACCCCUGCAAUGUCCCCCUGCCCUGCCCCAGGAAUGUGUCCCCCUGCCCCACCCCGCCACUACAAUGUAUCCCCCUGCCCUGCCCCUGCAAUGUGUCCCCCUGCCCUGCCCCAGAAAUGUGUCCCCCUGCCCCACCCCACCACUACAAUGUCCCCCUGCCCCGCCCCAGCAAUGUGUCCCCCUGCCCUGCCCCUGCAAUGUCCCCCUGCCCCACCCCUGCAAUGUCCCCCUGCCCUGCCCCAGGAAUGUGUCCCCCUUCCCCACCCCGCCACUACAAUGUAUCCCCCUGCCCUGCCCCUGCAAUGUGUCCCCCUGCCCUGCCCCAGAAAUGUGUCCCCCUGCCCCACCCCACCACUACAAUCUCCCCCUGCCCCGCCCCAGCAAUGUGUCCCCCUGCCCUGCCCCUGCAAUGUCCCCCUGCCCUGCCCCAGAAAUGUGA